ACACUCAGUCCACGUUGAGCCGUGGGGCACUCCACAACUCCCCACCAACUGCUCCUCGGUUCUUUCUCUCAUUUGCCUUGUUCUUUCAUCAACAACAACAACACUCGCUUUGAUUUGUUUUUGUUCUUGAAACGGGGAUUUGUCGUCAUUUGGAAUCAAAGCCAAAGAGGAACAAUUCAUUCCCAUAUUUCUCAUCUUUUUUUUUUCGUGUACAUAUUUUUCGUCCGACAGCUGAUUGUUCGUGCGUUCAAUUCUUCGUCUCACCGACACACGGCUUCCAAAGUGCGCUUCUCGUGGCAUCGGAAAUGUCAACAAGAGAUUGAACGACACGAAAACUCAUCAAGUGCUCAGACAUGCUGCCGUCCGUUUCACACUGAGUUCGGCGAUAGAAAAUCAACGCCCGUGUUCCAUACGCAAAUUGUUAACGCCGGAGCCCAUCGUUUCGCCAAGUCGUCGACAUCCAAGACGGAUUCAAUCACCUUAGAAUCAGGAAGUUCACAUCACGUCGACGUCGUCGUCGUCGUGUAGCCACAGGCUGCUCCGGGACGUCCAUGAUGAUGACCCGGCUACUGGCCUCCACCAAUGGCUUGCCUUUUCUCAUCACCUUAAUCAUCUUCACGACAAUCAAGAGCGCAGAUGGACAAUGCGAGAGCUGCACGCUGACGGUGAUGUGUUGGAUGAACGGCGGAGUCAGAGAAGGCGGCUGUUCGGGCCCUUCUUGGCUGAUGACGUGUUGCGUUCCGCAAGUGACGCGGAACAGCGAAGAUGACAUGGCCAUCCAGUCAGAUAACCGUUCACCACUCACGGCCGGUCUGCGAUCCGCUCCCGGAGGCGCCCCUUUCAUCCUGGCCAAUACGCUAGGAGAAUCCAUCGCCAAUCUUCAAGGACGUGACGAUUUUCGCGGAGGUGUGGGAUCAUCCAGCCAACCAUACAUCUCGCAUGCUCGGUUCUAUAUGCCGCCUAAUCCGAACCUGUUCCUUCGCUUUGAGCCACGCUUGAGAGAACCUCCUGUUCUGCCUCCUGUGCUGCCAACGUUCGACAAUGUCAUCACUACCACCCCAGGGAUGUCAACGUCACCUUCGCAGCAGCUUCAUUAUUUCGUCAAGAACAACAACAACAACAACAAGGCUGCGGGAAGUCCAUUCUCAUCAUCAGCCGUGCCAUACAAUCAGCUGCAGCCUCCGCUACCGCCUCCCCUGCCACCGUCGCCGCCGCAGCUCCAGCCGCAGCUUCACGUCAUGACACAGCAGCAGCUCUACCAACACAAGAAUUUCCAAAUGCAGCAACAGAUGUUCCCGCAACAGCCCUACAUCGCCCUGAAUAGUCUCAACAGCUUGUCGGGGCCGCGGCCCGUCUGUGGCGUCCAGCCACUCAAAUCCAGCAAGCUACAAAAGAGGAUCAUCGGUGGAGAUCAGGCCGCCUUCGGCGAGUUCCCCUGGCAGGCCCAUAUCCGCAUCGCCGGCUUCCAGUGCGGCGGAGUUUUGCUUAACAACCAGUACAUCGCUACGGCUGCCCACUGCGUUCACAGAGCCAAACUGUCGCAGAUCAUCAUUUACUUGGGUGAAUACGACACGAAAGAUCUGGACAAGGCCGAAAUCCUACCCAAAGAGACAUUGGGUGUCAUCGAAAGAAAAAUUCAUCCUCAAUUUAAAUAUAUGCUAACCCAGCCAGACCGCUAUGACGUGGCUGUGCUGAAGUUGAGCCGCUCGGUCGGCUUUCGUGACAACAUCCUCCCCAUCUGUUUGCCACCGCAGGGCAAAGAUUACGAAGGUGCCCUCGGCGUCGUCGCUGGAUGGGGAAAAACGGAUACUUCGUUUGGUAAAACGGGGACCAACUUGCUCCAGAAAGUUUACGUUCCAAUCAUCAACAACCGAGUCUGCUAUGCCUGGCACGAGCUAAAGGACAUCAUUCUGGAGCUGCACGAUGAAAUGUUUUGCGCCGGACACGAACAGGGCAAAAUGGACGCGUGUCUCGGUGAUUCUGGUGGCCCGUUGGUGGUGAACGACGGCGGCCGAUGGACUUUGGUCGGAAUCACGUCGGCGGGUUUCGGUUGUGCGGUUGAUCACCAGCCCGGCAUUUAUCACAAAGUCAGCAAGACGGUACCUUGGAUCUUGGCGAACAUCAACGAUUGA